UCUACGUGCUUCAAAUCCUGGCGUAGAGCGUCCCGCUCGGAGAGGAAGCAAAGUCGGCCUCGUCCGCCGUCUUCCCCCCUUUUCCAGCUGCACCCCUCUCAGCGCCGUUGCUAGGGCCGGUGUUUCAGCAAGGCAGCAGCCAUGGUGCAGCGGUUGACUUACCGGAGGCGGCACUCCUAUGCCACCAAGUCCAACCAGGUCAGGAAGGUCAAGACCCCUGGUGGUAAGUUGACCCUACACAUUGCAAAGAAGCGCGCCAACGGGCCCAAGUGCGCUAAGACCAAUGUCAGGCUACCUGGGAUUCCUCAUUUGCGGCCGACAGAGUACAGCAGCAGGCGCCUGUCGAAGAGGCAUAAGACUGUGAACCGGGCGUACGGAGGGGUCAUGAGCGCGGGAGUUGUCAGGGAGAGGAUUGUUCGUGCUUUCCUUGUCGAGGAGCAGAAAAUCGUGAAGAAGGUGCUCAAGAUCCAAAAGUCAAAGGAGAAGGCAGCGGCCAAGGCCUCCGCAUAAGCUUCCCCUGAGGUUCAGGAUUUAUAUGACCACUCUUGUAAACAAGUUCAACGCGGCUCUUGCUUCUAUGUCUGCUUUUCCACCAUGGUUCAGAUAGCCGACUGCGAUGCCCGACUGCGAUGCGGAUGAUACAUGCUUGGGGGUAGCUGCACACAUAUUUGAUUCGGGGGCUGAGCGAUGCACAAUAAUAGCCACUUGGAGGCCUGAAGUCGAAUCGGCUGUGCAGCCGCCUGCGUUAUUGAGUCCUUUUGUGAUGAGGAUCGACGGCUUGAUCGGUAUUGGAAGCGACAUGGCAUCUUUGACG